UGCCCCUUUUAUCAGUCCUGGGGCGGCCAAAGGUUGGUUUGUUGGAAAGCGCAGGGGAGAGACGUGGGGAAUGAGGUUUAAAAGCGGAGGAGACCUUUGGCUGGCUGCUUUUAGAGUGAGAUGAGGCAAUUCCCACCCUGCCCAAGGCCAGUUUUGCAGAGGAGCCCCCAGGAACGGGGGUUUCCAGAGGGGCUGCGACCCCGGCACAGCGAGCGGCCCCAGCGGGACCCGCUCCCGGCGGCGCUGGCUGCUGGCCCUGCCCGCAUCCCCCAGCCCUCCGGACAAAUCCCCGCUCCGGCUUCCUACCCUGCAUCGCUGUUUUCUUCCUCACAAAGAGCCGCCUUGUUUUCCACUGCUGAAAGCAGAGAAAAAAAAGAGGGAGAAAAAACUUUCUGAAACUUUGCUCUGUCAAAGGGCAGGAGAGCAAGGAACGACUGCAGCCAGCUCUCCGCAGCCCCGUUUGACAUCCCCCGCCGCAGCCCUGCCGCCCUCCGGCUCCCCGCCAGCGGCUGCGCGGUUGGGCUCCCUCAUCCAGCCGGAAACCAGCCCUUAGUUUGCAGGAGCUGGUUUUUCCGAGUGAGUUUUCAGCUGCCCCAGCCGUGGGCACCGGAGCCAGCGCAGGGAGAGCCGCGGGAGCGGGGGCUGCGCGAGUGCUCCCAGGCUUCCCGGGGGUGAACUGGGCACGCUGCUUCCUUGCCGGCUCCGCAAAACACCUCCUGUCCUUGCUGCGCCUUUGCUCCCGGGCCGGCAGCCCUCGGAUGACCCCUUUUCCCCGGGAAAGGGCUUCCGACUGCUCCCGCCUCCUCUCGCAGAGGCUGGCGUGGCUCCCGCGAGCGGCUCCCACGGCCCCAUGGCAGCCCGGCCCCACGGCGACGGCGGGCGCUUCCACAUCGUCUCGCCCGUCCUGGAGAGCCUGGCCUUGUCCAGGGCGGCGGGCACCAAGGUCUACAUGAAGCUGGAGAACGUGCAGCCCACGGGCUCCUUCAAGAUUCGGGGCAUCGGCUAUUUGUGCCAGGAGGCUGCCAAGAAGGGCUGCCGCCACUUCGUCUGCUCCUCAGGGGGGAACGCGGGGCUGGCCACGGCCUACGCAGCCAGGAAGCUGGGGCUGCCGGCCACCGUGGUGGUGCCCAGCAGCACCGGCCCGGCCAUGGUGCGCAAGCUGCAGGAGCUGGGCGCCGAGGUGGAGGUCUGCGGCCAGGUGUGGGAUGAGGCCAACAAGCGAGCGCAGGAGCUGGCCCAGGCCGAGGGCUGGGUGAGCAUCCACCCCUUCGACCACCCGCUGAUCUGGCAGGGCCACGCCAGCCUGGUGCGGGAGCUGCGGGAGUCGCUGGAGAGCAAGCCGGGCGCCGUGCUGCUGUCGGUGGGCGGCGGGGGGCUGCUGGCCGGCGUCGUGGCCGGCCUGCGCGAGGUCGGCUGGCCGGACGUGCCCGUCGUGGCCGCCGAGACGUGGGGCGCCCACAGCCUGCACGCGGCGCUGGAGGCCGGCCGGCUCGUCUCCCUGCCCGACAUCACCAGUGUGGCCAAGUGCCUGGGGGCCAAGACGGUGGCGGCGCGGGUGCUGCAGUGCGCCCAGGAGUGCGGCGUCAUCUCGCAGGUGGUGGAGGACGCCGAGGCCGUGCGAGCGAUGGAGCAGUUCCUGGACGACGAGCGGCUGCUGGUGGAGCCGGCGUGCGGGGCGGUGCUGGCCCUGCUCUACGCGGGGCACCUGCGGCGGCUGCAGCGCGAGGGGCGGCUGGCGGCCGCGCUGGCCUCCGUCGUCGUCGUCGUCUGCGGUGGCAGCGGCGUCCAGGCGGCCGAGCUGCCGGCCCUCAAGCGCCAGCUGGGGCUGGCCUGAGCCCCCGCCCCCCCGGCGGCCCCCCGAGGAGGGAGGCUGCCGUGGGUGCCCCUCGCCUCCACCCCGCAUCCAGGCUCUGCUCCUUUUGCCCCCGAAUAUUGCAGCAGCGCCCCGGCGGAUGCCCCCGCGCGGCCCGUGCCUCAGUUUCCCCCCGAGAGAGCCACGGCCCCCGCCACGGCCGGUCCGCGUGAGCCGCAUCCUGCCCUGCCUUGGGCAAACCGUGCUGGCGAUGGGCUCAGCACCCUCCUGCAGUGGGCUCAGCACCCUCCUCGGCCCGCUGCCACCCGGGGCCUCCCGUCCCCUCCCUGCUCCGCCGGGGCGCUCCAGCUCCCUGCCUCAAUUAGCGAGCGCUCCCUCGCCGGCUAAUUACUUCACCACUGUCUUUAUGCAUUAUUAUUCUAAUGAUUAUUAAUUAUUACAAUCCUCUCCCGGUCCCGCUGUGCUGUCUGCGGGCCGGAGCGCGCCGCCCGCGCGGAGCUGCUCCUUGCCGUGAUUUACUGGGGGGGGGCUGCGGGCAGGGACCCGGCGGGAAGCUCCCCGAGUAACUCGGGCUCCGCCGGGUGCCACGGGGCCCCUCAGGGCGUCUGCGGGUGCCUCGAGCCCUUUGCUGCUGCACCCGCCCCGGGGGGGUCGGCUCGCCCGCUGCCUCGCCGCGCGUGUCCCGGACGCAGGACUUUCCUCUCGCCCCGGGCCGGGCUGCCGGUGCCGCACCGCAGUGGCGAGGCUCACAGAAAGCUCUUCCCUCCCUCUUAUUUUAUUUUUUUUUUGUGCCUUUCCCCCUGAUAAAUUCCACCGGCCGGGCCAGCCCAUGCGAUGCUUCUUGGAGGACGAAACCCCAUAAAUCAAAGCCCUGCUGCUCCAUCGUGGGCAAUAUCUUAUGUAAAAAGGUGUUUCCAGGGAGCACCGGAGGCUGGAGAAUCCUAUUACAAGGCACACUAUUAAUUAUAAGAAGUCAGCCCAACCUACCCCAGCAAUUUUUUAUCCCAGGUCCAAAACCUGAUUACUUUCCACCUUCUGCAGUCCUUCCCCCUCACCCCAAAAAGUAAAGGGAAAAAGGUCAAAAAAAACCCCAGCAGCAAUGUUUUCCUGACUCAUUUUUCGGAGGAAGUUCCUGCGCGAGGCCGGCGCGGCUGCUCCCGAGGCCGGGAGGCGCUGGGAGUGCGGGGGGUUUUCCUUGCUCCUGGGGCCGCCCCGGCGUGGCAGGGCCUCGUCACCCGGGGAGGUGCUGGGUGACGUCCCGCCAGGGCCGGGAGCCGGGGCAGGGUCCCUGCCGGGUCACCCCGGGGCUGCGGUGCCCCGGCAGGCUGCAAACAGCCCUUGGCCGCAGGCCUCGGACUUAGACAAUGAUUAUAACAAUAAUAACAAUAACAAUAAUAAUAAUAGCCUGUGCUCACCCAGUGAAUGA